AUGGGCGAGCCAUCAACUGCAUGUUCCUUUGAGGAACUCGUCCAAUCAAAACUGUUCACAUUCUAUGUCGGGAAAGAAAAGAAGGCGUUUGUGGUUCAUUCUCAAGCCAUUGCCGCAACCUCAUGGCAUUUUCAUGCGCUCGUCAACAAUGGCAUGGCGCAGUCACAAGAGGGAUCCGUUGAGUACCCCGAUAUGGACCCAUGUGAUUUUGCUCGAUACGUUGAAUAUGCGUACCGCUACGACUAUACCGUGCCAAAGUGGGCUUUGGACGUUGAAUCAUCAAUAGAUGAACCAGAUACAGAUGUGUCAACAACAGGUCCAGUAGAGGUAGAGGAGCCACCGCCGCCACCGCCAGAGGAACCGGAAGACAACUCAGACGAUCAGUGGGAUUAUCCUACUGUUAUCAGAAUGGUUUCAGUGUUUGGACACGCUUACGCACCGAAGAGGAAGAAGUCGAAGAAGUCUCUCAAUUUGCGCAGAAGGUUCAACGCGGAGGAAUACCUUACGUCAAAUGAGCCAAAAACAAAAGCAUUUGCUGAUUGCAUACCCAAAGAGAAUACCGAGCAUGAACAGGAUUUCACGCCCGUCUUUCUGGCACACGUACGUCUCUAUACUUUCGCUUGCAUGCGCCUCAUAGACCCUCUCAAGCGUCUGGCUCUGCACAAACUCCAUCAAACACUCCUCAAAUUCAAGCUUUACGAUCGACGAGUAGGCGACGUCGUCGAAUUGGCUAGAUAUGCGUACGAUCAUGGAGAAGAUAGGAAGUCCAACGGGACUAUUGAAGAUCUCAGAAAGUUGGUGGUUGAGUACAUAGCCUGCGAAGUGUCGAUCAUUGGGAAGCACAAAGCGUUUGCACCCCUGUUGCAAGAAGGGGGAGAAUUUGUGGUUGACUUUUGGGGUAUUAUCGCCAAGGAGAAUCUUGGUCUGUACGCAUAA